CUCUUUCAAAGACGGUUCUUAUCGACAUGGCCAAUUUCCAAGUGGUUUUCCUUCUGUUCGCCUCCAUUUGCCUGCUCGCCAUUGCGCAGGCCCAGCAACAGCAGAGAUCUCGAAGCUCCCAGCGCUUAAGCCGCGGCCGCUCCCGCUAUUUUGCUCGCCAGGAACUGGCUCCAGCUGAUGCCGAUGCUGCCGCUGCCGCCGCCGUCACACCGUAUCCAUCAGCUGACGAACUGAAGCCUGAGGUGCCUUUUGACGAGGCUGCGCCAGCAGAGGAUCCCACACCCGAUGCGGUGUACGGACCACCAGAAGCUGAUGCCGCCGCUGCUGCUCCCAAUGCUGUGCCCGAUGAAGUUUACGGUCCCCCCGAAGUUACUGGCAAUGACUUGCCCGCUGCCGACGUCCCCAGCGAGCAGGCAGCUCGUUUGGUAGCCGCUCGCCGUCUCGCGAACUACCGCCGUGGCCAGGCAGCCAAUUACCGUCGACUGGCUGCGGCUGCUCCACGUCCCGCCAAACUGAGCGCUAUCCAGACCCCUGCUAGACGUCUCUAAGGAACCACCAUCUGAAGCAUUUGACUACAUGCUGCUCCAAACUUGGCAGCAGUAGCCACAGAUGCUAACGACAUAACAUCCAUCUAGAUAUAGCAACGAACACUGACACACCCGCACACCUUACAAACAAAUCUUGGCACACACUUCAAUCUAUCACACAAUAAAAACCAUGCUACUAAUUUAAACUUCUCAAUGGCAAGUCCAUCCAGGUAAUUAAAAUAAUGAGACAAAACUCA